GAAUGUAGCUAUUACAAGGUCUCACUUAGAACUCAAUUCAUUUCAGUUUCUUCUUCCCCGGAUAUGUAUUUCUCGAACUAAAUUUUAAGAAUUGCGUAUAAUCAAUUCAAUUCGAUCAAAUUAAGUUAUACCAGAUCAAAAUGUCUUCUAAGAUCCCGGAUAUUGUGAAACAUCGCGUAAGCGAAAAGGCGAAGAAGACCUUAGACGUUGUAGCCAAAUUCGUCGAGGAAGAAUGCAUACCAGCAGACCCCGUGUUAGAAGCUCAGAUUGGGGAGGGCUCUGCACGAUGGGACCACCAUCCUCCCAUCAUUGAGGAUUUGAAAGACAAGGCGAAGAAGCUAGGACUAUGGAACAUGUUCUUGCCCAAAGGCCACUACAAGGAAUCGCCGGGCUACACGAACUUGGAGUAUGGAUUAAUGGCUGAAUGGCUGGGCAAGUCGAGGACAGCUUCCGAGGCCACCAACUGUGCAGCACCCGACACGGGAAACAUGGAGGUGUUGGCCAAAUACGGAAAUGAGGAGCAAAAGGCCGAGUGGCUGAAACCAUUGAUGGAUGGCAAGAUCCGAUCUGCCUUUCUGAUGACUGAGCCUGAUGUUGCUUCAUCCGAUGCCACAAACAUCCAGCUCAGCAUAAAGAAGGAGGGAAAUGAAUAUGUCCUGAACGGCUCCAAAUGGUGGUCCAGCGGUGCCGGCGACCCGCGGUGUGCGAUCUACGUCGUAAUGGGCAAAUCCGACGCCUCCAACCCUGAUCCUUACAAACAGCAAUCCGUAAUCCUGGUCCCCGCGAAUACCAAAGGCAUCACCAUCCACCGAAUGCUUAACGUCUACGGAUACGAUGAUGCGCCGCACGGUCACGGUCACAUUUCCUUCUCCGACGUACGAGUCCCCGCGCGCAAUCUAGUCCUAGGCGAAGGACGAGGCUUUGAAAUCAUCCAAGGCCGAUUAGGUCCUGGGCGCAUCCAUCACGCUAUGCGCAGCAUCGGCGCCGCCGAGCGUGCCCUCGAGUGGAUGCUUAUGCGCAUCAACGACCCUAAGAAGACACCCUUCGGAAAACAGCUGCGCGAGCACGGUGUCAUCCUCGAAUGGGUCGCUAAGUCACGUAUUGAGAUUGACUCCGCGCGUCUCAUUGUCCUGAAUGCUGCUAUUAAGAUGGAUGAUCUCGGUCCCAAAGCCACACUAAGGGAAAUUGCACAAGCCAAGGUCCUUGUGCCUCAGACCGCGUUGACGGUCAUCGAUCGCGCCGUCCAGGCUUUCGGUGGUGCUGGUGUCAGUCAAGACACACCUCUCGCAAACAUGUGGGCGCAGAUCCGGACACUGAGGCUUGCUGACGGACCGGAUGAGGUUCACUUGCAGCAGAUGGGUCGCAACGAAAAUAAGAGGGGUAAGGAGGUCACACAGAAGAUCCAGUGGCAGAAGGAGAGGACAGAAAAAUUAUUGAAGCAGCACAAUGUAAAGCUCUUCCAACCUGGAUCAAAUAUCAAACCCAAGAUAUAGGAAGAUUAUUGGCACUACUAAGAUACAAUGUUUAUUUCCAUUUCUUGCUUGAAUGACUACUACUUGGGUGUUGGGUAAUUUGUAU